AUGGUACUUCUGGGCUUACAUAUUAUCAUUGAGGUGAUCAUUAUCGUUAAGGUGAUACCUAGGCCCGUGCGGAGCACGAGCAAUUUCAUUGAAAUUCUGCUACAGCAGCCGUUGGGCCCGAGUAAGUGGCAAGCAGAGGCGAAAGGUCGAGCAACAUACAGACACACACCAUAG